CCUCUUUGUGCGAGCCAGUAGCUUGCACGGCUGGAGCGCAUGACCCAACGGCCCCCGGUGCGUGCUACGAUGCUCAGACUUUGCAUCAGCGACAGUGCGAGUGUGAUAAGUGCAUCCAAGAGCGUUUGGACGCCAUCGAGGGUGGGCAGACCUGUUAUCAGCACGUCGAUGGGAACCAGUGGCACGAUCUGAGCAAGAAGCAUCCCGACCCAGAGAUCCAGGCCUUGCGAGAAAAGAUGCGGAGUUCGGAAAGGAUGAAGGACAACUUGCGGUGGUGUCCAACUGACGAGUCUCUCUCCUGCGUUGUCCGCCGCUUCCGCCAAUAUCCUUUGGGGAUCACCGGCCAGGCGACACUUCACUACGGGGCCGCCCAGGACUUGGACUACCCACGUCAACUCAUCCACGGGAUCCUCAGCGAUGAAGUCACACCGGGGACAAAGUUGAUAAACCCUCCGCCGCUCAAGUGGGUGGAUCAACUGGAGCUGAACAUCAAGGAGAGCGUGUACGAGUCCAAUAAGGUUCGACCAGUGGGAAGGUCUCAUGAUCAAACGCUGAACCUGCCUCCUCACAUUGACCUCGAGCUGACGGGAUUUGGGAAGCCCAGUGACAAGAGUGUGAACGCCGGGUUGCUGGUGAAUCCUCCCAAGAGCAGAUACGAGAUUGAGCAAGAGUCCAAGUGUAGUCGAGCCCUGUACAAGUUUACGCAUGGAGAUUAUGACCCUGGGGAACAAAUCUGUCGAAACUACGGAGGGGAUUUCCGUCGAACCAACACGUUUGGCACGCCCACUCCGAACGACGUUGCGGGUCGCGUGGCCAAGAAAGUUAUUGGCUCCUGGCGGUCUUGUAAAGCCGACUACCCCUUCGUGAGCAAGGUGUAUGCGGAUCACUUGGACUUUCGCUACCCCAAAUUGGGAAUGUCACAGGAGCAGCACUGCAUUCGACAACAGAUGGGCGAUGGGUUUGUCUACGGAAAGAAGAGUGACCAGGAAAAAGAGCGACCAAUCAGGGAAAUAAUUUUCAACCGAUGUCCAAACCCUGGGGCAGAGAAAGCAGCCAAAAUCAUGCAAAACUUAAAAAAUUGGUUGGACAAGGCACGCAAAAGUUUUAGAGCCGAUGAGGGUCCAGACUUUGAAAUGUUUUACGAGCAAAUCAUAGAAUGCGAUCCAGGAUGCAAGGGUGUGGUGGACUGGGACCCCUUCAUCGCCGCUAUGGAGAAGCACCGUGUUCCCCGGACGAUGGGGGAGAGGGACUUCAUGGAAGCGUUGGCCAUGGUCGGCGUAUUUGGGGGGGCCCCUUGCGACCAGGUGAACUACUACGCUCUGAUGGACCUCCUCAAAGGGUACACCGACCCGCUCUUCCACUGCAAAACCACAACGCUCUACCCCUUCUACUGCCCACACACCAAUGGAUGUGGAGACCACUUUCGCACCAUGUACGCCACCAUGACCUCCAACAUGUGUGAGCCGCAAGACUGCGUCACGGCCAUGAAGGAGGCGCGAGUUAACGGGAUGCCCAGCGUGCGAGUGGACCGCGUCCCGAGGAAGAUACGCAGCACGAAGGACUUCACCAACUAUGGGGAUGAUGGGGACGCCUACAGCCUCAUCUGGCCCAGCGUGUACACUGUAAAUGGGAUCACCUGCAGGGACGCGUUUAGGGAGUUCACAAAGGAAGAGAUGACGAGACUCCUGUGUUUGGCAAAAGUUGAUAUUUCACAUUGUGAGUUGGACCGUGCGUGGGAAGCAGCGCAAGCCUUGGACCCUGAGGAAGGAAAAUGUCGAGUUUCCUACCAAACAUUUCGAGAAGCUUUGUGCCAAGUUCGAGAGGAGAACGCCAAGAUUCAGAACGUGCACAUUGCCUACCCCACGGAACCAUGUCUUCCCGAGGGGGCAACGGCUAACCCACGUGGCAAGAGGAGGAGGAAUCCUUGCUGUGGUGUUGACCCUUAAGGACCACACAAUCACACAUCUUAUAUGUAUACUCUUCUUCAUGAAGUCUUAUUUUCAAAGUCGUAAUUUAAUAUAGAUAAUAUAUGUUGUAAAAUAUCGUGCAAUGUACACACACACUGAGAAGAGAGAGAAUGUCCACUGGCAAUUUUAUUUGAUUUACCGAAUAAAUAUUUGGCAGUAUUUAUAAAA